GAUCCUGGACAAAGGCAUCAAAGUGAGGCGGCUGCCUGGCCUUGGGGAUCGUGACGAUUUCUCCCAGCCUCCUGUAACAUACAUCGUCUUCGAUUCAUGCGUGAGUGUUCUUUGACUACUCCAUACACAGUACAACACUCUCAGUCACGAUGAAUGUGACGACCCACAUCGCCCGACGUCGGAUGCGACAAUUCGACGAGACUGACCGUCAAACGCGUCUUCCCAUUUUGACUGCCACGUCAGAGAACUCCUGACAGCGCACUUCGCAACCGCUUGAAACCGCACGUGCACAGCGAGCCCACAAUGAGUGAUCACGCGGACGACGAGCUCGUCAUCACCCAAGUCACCGACGCAUACGACGCAGAGCAGUACCUGCCGUCGCUCGCGGCACUCCUCCAGCGCUGCGUCAACGAUGAUCCAGCAACAUCGUCCCUUGGCUUCCUCGCGCCCCUGUCUGAGGACCGGGCCAAGGAACAGUGGACAGAAAGUCUGAAGGGCGUGACGGGCUCCAAACCCUCAACGGUCUUGCUCGUCGCCACUCCAGACGACGACCCCUUCCACGUCCUCGCCACGAUACAGAUUAGUCGGAACUUCAAGGAAACGCAUGACCACAAGGGCGAGAUUAAGAAAAUGCUUGUCUCCCCGGACCAUCGUCGCUAUGGACUCGGCAAGCGUCUCCUGGAGGAGGCGGAGCGUUUCGCCAGGGACGACAUGAAACUCGAGAUGCUCCUUCUGGACACGGCCACCGAGACGCCGGCGUGUCAAUUCUAUACCAAGUUUGGAUGGACGGAAUGGGGAUGUUGCCCACACUAUGCGCGGUUCGCGGACGGCAGGAAAGGCGACUGUACAUUCUUCUACAAGAUGUUACAAUGAUGCAUUGCA